AUGGUAAUAGGAGAUCAGCCAUGCCAGAUGAGCGCUACUUCCCUCAAUAACGUCAAUCACAUUCAGCACCUCACAGAUCAGCACCUCACCGGAUCAGCACCUCCCUCAGAUCCAGCUCUCACCCAGAUCAGCGCCUCACCAGAUCCCAGCGCCUCACACCAGAUCCCAGCGCCUCACACGGCCAGCGCCUCACCACAUCCCAGCGUCACCUCCUUCGCACAGAUCAGCGCCUCCACACAGAUCCCAGCGCCUCACACCGCAUCACGCACCUCACCAGAUCCCAGCGCCUCCCCACCAGAUCAGCACCUCACACAGAUCAGCGCCUCACACGAUCAGCGCCUCACACAAUCCAGCGCCUCACACACCAGAUCAGCGCCUCACACAGAUCCCAGCGCCUCACCACCAGAUCCACACCUCACACCCAUCACAGCACCUCACAGAUCUCAGCGCCUCCACACAGAUCAGCGCCUCACACCAGAUUCCAGCGCCUCACCAGAUCCCAGCGCCUCCAGCCAGAUCCCAGCGCCUCUCACCAAAUCAACACCUCACACCAGAUCCCAGCGCCUCCACACCAGAUCCCAGUGCCUCACACCACAUUCCAGCGCCUCACCACAUCAGCGCCUCACGCCACAUCUCAGCGCCUCACACAGAUCAGUGCCACACCAGUCUCAGCACCUCACACCAGAUCCCAACACCUCACACAGAUCCCAGCGCCCCCAGAUCCCAGCGCCUCCACCACCAGAUCCCAGCGCCUCACCACCAGAUCCAGCGCCUCCACCACAGAUCCCAGCGCCUCACACCAGAUCCAGCUGCUUCCACACAGAUCAGCGCCACACACCACACAGCGCCACACCACCACCUAACCUAACGCAGAGACUGUCACCGUUCUCUACCACAAUCAAAGUUCUCUCUAAUCAAGUUCUCUACAAUCAGGAGUUCUACCCAAUUAAGAGUUCACAAUCAAGAGUUCCUACCACAAUCAGAGGUUCCUGCACAAUCCAAGAGUUCCUCACAAUCAAGACCUGA